AUGUUGUUGGCUGCGUUAUGUACGAAUACCAGGAGCCUUUCUGUCUUUCCCCCCCGUCGUCUCCCUUUGUCGACGCCGUCCCUUCUACAAAGACUACUCGAAGGGGCCGACUUUUAUGCGGCUCCUCGAUCCAGUUCCAGCGGUGAUUAUUUAGUUUGGGAGCAAUGGUACCAUCCAGACCUGCCAUUCCAAAGCGCCGAAAUCAAAGUUGCAAAGGUCGUUCUAACUGUUGAUGGCAAAGGCCUCGCCGUCGAAUCUCAGAUUCACGUAGCUGGGCAGAAGGAGGCGGUCUCUGUUCAAGAUCCAAACUGGGCCGCGAAUGACUGCAUAAUCUUUACUUCUGAUAUCAGUGGUUAUCAGAAUCCCUGGGCGUACAAGUUCGAAAACGGCGAUGUUGCUACCAGCCAUGCCUCGCCCAUUCUUCAAAGUCCAAUCGAGGAAGAAUGCGGGCUUCCUCGCUGGUGGCUCUCUCGACACGGUCUAAGUGGUCUCUCAGAAUACCUCGUUUAAUUCACGACAAUACGGAAGGGGCGAUCCGCUUUACAUAUGUGACCUUCGCAGCGCGAAAUGCGCUGAGGUUCCUACUCCCUACGCAUUAAUCGAGUACAUGCAUGGAGAUGGAAGAGGGAAUAUGGUCAUGUUGGGACAACCUUCGGACGCGGGUGAACAACUCGUCUCACUGAGCCUUGAGCCCAGCAGAGAGCCCAAUCUCACACCGCUCCUUCCAACAGACAAAGCCGAUGACACUCUUAUUGGACUACAUAUCUACCGGUGAAUACCGUGCUCCAAAACUUGAGCCCGAUAAUCGCACUUGCCAUAUCACCUACCAUGCACCAAGAAUCCCAACUACUCCGGUGGUCUCCCCGAUGGGAACCCACCUAUCGUUGUGCAUAUUCAUGGUGGCCCUUGUUAUAUGGAGACUGCUCAGUUUGGCUGGACCAAACAGUUUUAUACUUCUUGUGGAUGGGCAUUUGUUGAUAUAACUUGAAACUACGGCGGUUUAACUGGCUUCGGACGUGCUUUCCGAGAGACACUUGUUGGGAAGUAGGGUGUUCUGGAGAUAAACGAUGCCAUCAGACGGUCCUGCAGUUAGAUGCAUUAGGACUAGCUGACACCAAACGAGCGGUCGUUUACGGGGGUUCGGCUGCUGGCUUUUCUGUGCUUCAGAUUGCUACCAGUCUACCGAACUCUUUUGCAGCGGGCUCGCCUCGUUACGGGAUUGGAGAUAUGAGAAAGCUCGAUGAGGUGCUGCACAAGUUUGAGUACUACCUAUGCGAUCGCUUGAUGGGGGGUAAAUGGGAAGAGUGUCAGGACGUUUGGGUUAGGACGUUUGGGUAGAGCGAAGUCCUGUGUAUCAUGUUGACAAGGUGGAAAUGUCGUUAUUGAUUUUCCAAGGAAAAGAAGACACCGUCAUUCUAGCGGAGCAAAUGAUUGAGGUAGAAGAGAAGCUAAGGGCGAAAGAAUGUAAAGUUGAGUUGGUGUUGUUCGAUGGAGAGGGUCAUCCUUUAGCUGCGGUGCGGGAUUUUUCCGAGCCGAAUUGAGUUUCCAAUUUCCCCUUCAACCAGCAUUGGAACAUUUUGUCAUUCGUUGUUGAUGACCGGGUGAUCAUGAAGAAUCGGUGUUUACUCGACUCUCAAAC